ACUCAUUGGACGGUGGUCAUAACAACAUGGCCGUCAGAAAACACUCUUUUUAUUUUAACUGAAUUCCAAACUUCAUAAAGUAGUUGGUUGCGUAAAUUGUACCAUUAUUCAAUAUUUUAAAUAAAAACAAAGAAAUCAAACGUAAUAUUUGAAGGAAAUAAAACCUUCACGAUUUUUGUGUAAUUCAUUUCUGCUGAUUUGUAAAAAUUUCAAGGUUAUACUGCUCCGUUUAACCUCAACAAACUCACGAAUCAAUACAAUAUUGAUCUUGUGGAUUUAAUCGAAUAAUUUUGGCCAUCACAAACGCAAAAAAUGGCAUCAGCAGCCAUGUCGCCAACGGAGGACGACGAGUUGACGCUUCCCCGGGCCUCGAUCAACAAAAUGAUCAAAGAGAUAUUGCCUCACGUCCGAGUUGCCAACGAAUCCCGCGAACUUAUUCUCAACUGCUGCACAGAAUUCAUACAUCUGCUCUCAUCUGAAGCGAACGAGAUCUGCAACCAGAAACAAAAAAAAACUAUAAAUGCUGAACACAUACUUCAAGCAUUGGAAAAGUUGGGUUUCGGUGAUUACAGCGCCGAAGCAGAAGCCGUUCUCAGGGAUUGCAAAGCUGUUGCAGCGAAGCGUCGACGCCAAAGCACGAGAUUAGAAAAUUUAGGAAUACCAGAGGAGGAAUUAUUGCGACAACAACAAGAACUUUUUGCAAAAGCCAGAGAAGAACAAGCAGUCGCCGAGCAACAACAGUGGCAACAACUUCAGGCUGUCGCCCAAAUGGCAUCCAUGCAACAAGUUGACAGCGAACAAGAGGAUUACUCUUAGAUCUUCUAACGAAAGAAAAAAAGACCCAUUUUUGAAAAGGCACGAAACUGUCCUGGACGUUCAAUGAUUUUUGUAAUAUCGUGACAGUCUCUCAACAUGUUCCUGGUGCUAAUAUUCAGAUGGUGGAGUUCGCAUCACUGGAAAGUAGCCCAUUUUAUUCAUAUCCCAAUAUUUCUGCCCAUUCAGGUGGUCACAGACUUGAUUUUUUUUCAACUAUCUCUUACAAACUCAAGGAUCACAUUUAAUUAGGAGAAUGUGAUUAAUUUGAAUACUACAGAAUGGAACGAAGAUUCUUUGUUACUUCCAAUGUUGCAAUCUUCAAUAUCUAAUAUUAUGAAGAAAACGAAUUUCAUGUACCGCGAAACAUGUGAAUAUUCGAGAGAAAGACAGAUCCGAACACAAAAUGAAAGAAGCCCAAUUUAAAUCGAAAAGUAAAAGCUUGUCAAUUAAUUGAUUCAACUUUUUGAGGCUCAGUGGAGAAUCUCCCGUUGGGAUUACUCGCGAUAUGAUAUCUCGAAGUUCUCUGGAUAAACUUUACCUCAAUCGAUGAGUUGAAUCGACAGUGACGAAAAAUUCCAAUCGCAAUGGUGUAAUGUAAGAAUCGGACGAUGCCGUUUCAUGGCAUGAGCCUUCCGUAUUCCAGGGAAAGAUGACUUUUUUUUAUGGCCUCCAUUACUUUCGAAACAUAAUGAUACCUGGAGAACGAAGAGGAUUUUAUGUAAUGUAAUUAUAACACCAAUGAAAUUACCAGGAAGGAAAUAAUUGAAUAAAUUCAUGGAUUAGUUUUUUUACAAUA